AUGGCUCCCAAACUACGGCUGAUGCGUGAUUGUUCCAUUGCGUUCUGCCUUGUUUGGCUGACACUCUUUUACUAUGUCGUGAUGCACCCUCACUCUACGGGCAUUCAAGCACCGGGCAUCAACAUGCAUCGAAUUGCCGAGGUGUCCAUGCUCUAUGGAGACACCAACAUGAUGUAUGAGAGAGCUCUGUUCACUCAUGAGCGCCAUGCAAAGAUAUGGGGCCACCCGAUGCACACUUUGCGACAGGAUAUCUCAGCCGGCGUUUGGAACAAGCCAACCUAUCUUUCGUCCUUGGUCAUCGCCGAGUUGGCCAAACCAGCAGGAAGGAGAAUGGAGUGGCUCAUGUGGGUCGACUCAGACAUAAUCAUCUUGAACGACGAAAUUCCCGUGGAGAUCUUCCUUCCGCCAUCUGAUAUGAAAGACAUUCACCUGGUGGCGUCGCAGGACCAGAACGGCCUCGAUUCCGGAGUCAUGUUUCUGCAUGUCCACCCGUGGACUGUCAGCCUCUUAACCGAAAUCAUGGCAUACCCAUUGUAUCUCCCUGGAAUUGACCUCGGUCAAUCCGCCGAUCCGGAAGGCAUGGGGCGUGUGCUCAACAAAACCACCGGUGGUCCAAGUGGGAAGGGGUACACUGAUGGGGUAGUUUAUCUACCAAAGCCCUGGAUCAACGCGUACCAACGGGAUAUGGUUUAUGAAGGCAACAAAGGCGAUUUGCUGGUGCAUUUUCCUGGGUUGGAAAAGCGACAGUGGCAGUACAUGGCCAAGUGGCUGGAUGCCACUGAGAAUAUGCCGCAUGAAUGGGAUGUGUCAUUGCAAGAGACUGGAUAUCUCGAUCGGACUACCAUAUACUGGUCACUAUUGCGCCGUGCAAGGAACACCGUCGAGUCACUGGAAAAGAAGAUGCAAAGUGGGGGGUCUUUGCCCGGCCGUCCUAUGGAGAAAAUCGCGAACUUCAAGAAAGUGCUUCGGGAGAAUUCAGACGACAUGGAGUUGAUUCAGACGCAGCUGAAUGCUCUAGAUGCGUUGUUUGGAUGA